AUGUUGGAACUAGCUGAGUGGUUGUUCCUGGUCCUGAUGGUCACUCAGUUCAUCCUUGGAAAUCUGGGGAAUGGUUUCCUUGGGUUGGUCAAUGGCAGAAGCUGGUUCAAGAGCAAGAGAAUCUCUUCAUCUGACUUCAUUAUCACCAACCUGGCCCUCUCCAGGAUCCUUUUGCUGUGGAUUAUCUUCAUUGAUAGUGUUAUACUAGUUUUCUUUUUCAGCAUGCAUGGUUCAGGGGUACUAAUGCAGGUUACUGAUAUUUUCUGGAGGUUUGUAAACCACCUGAGUAUUUCACUUAUCACUUGUCUUGGUGUCCUCUAUUGCUUGAAAAUUGCCAACUUCUCCCACCCCGUAUUUCUCUGGCUGAAAUGGAGAGUUUCCAGUGUGGUUGUAUGGAUGCUCUUGGGUGCACUGCUUUUAUCCUGUGCCAGCACCGUAUCUCUGAUUGAUGAAUUUAAGUUAUAUUUUGCCUUCAGUGGAAUUGACAGCACGGGAAACAUGACUGAAUACUUCAGGAACAAGAGACGUGAAUAUGAUCUGCUACAUGUUCUUGGGAAUCUGUGGAAUCUCCCUCCCUUAAUUGUGUCCCUGAUCACCUACUUUCUGCUCCUCUUCUCUCUGGGGAGGCACACUCGACAGAUGCAGCAAAAUAGUAUCAACUCCCGAGAUAAAAGCACUGAGGCUCACAGAAGGGCCAUUGGAAUCAUCCUCUCCUUCUUCUUUUUCUUCCUGUUGUACUUUCUUUCCUUUUUAAUUUUGUCAUUGGGCCGUUUUCUGCCCCAACGUAAGAUAUCUAUGAUGAUUGGUGAGGCAAUUACAAUGUUGUAUCUUGUUGGCCACUCAUUUUUUCUCAUUCUGGGCAACAAAAAUCUGAAGCAGGCAUUUUUGGUGAUGUUCCUGUGUAAAUCUGGUCAUCUGCAGCCUGGAUCUGCAGGAUCCUUUUCCCCAUAG